AUAAUUAAUUCUGCACGGUCGUCUUUGAAGGCUCAUCUUUUGGGGGUGAUUCUGAUUUGUACGAAUAUAUUUUAAUUAGAUUGAAAAUGACUGUAUCUUUGCUUCUAAUAUGUUUAGGUUUAGUCCAGGUGUCUGUGUGCGACCUAAGCCCUGGGACAAGGACUGAGUUUAUAACCAGGCCAGGGAUGAUUUAUAUUGGAUCUAAAAAGACCUAUAUGAACGUCAAAGUUGCUGAUGAAGAAGGAACUGCCAUCUGUUCUAAUCUUUGUAAACUAUCAAGUAAUUGUGGAGCUUUCUACAUGGACAGUACACUGUGUACUAUGGUGGAACGGUCUGAUGCUGGAAAUAUUAUGAAAGAUGACCAAGGAUUUGGAUUGACCUAUUAUGUUGUAAACCAAGAGGGCAUGCAGAUGUCAGCAGCUGUCCCCAGGAUUACAACAACAGCCAAACCUCAAGAGGUUACUACUGCUGUUGUUAACGGUACUACUGCUGUUGUUAAUGGUACUACUGCUGCAGUAAACGGCACUACAAUACCUACAGAGAGUACUACAAAAUCUGAUACUGUUACUGUUACUUCUACUAUUAAUACUACUGCUCCUGCUGGAAAUGGAAAAGGUUAAGAUUUGUGAUCAUAGAGAACAUUGUCAAUUGUAAUUUUGUAACUAUGAUAAAUUUGACAUUUGAACAAGAAGAAAAUAAAAAAUCUUUCUCCUUUAAACCAUAA